AACCUAAAAUGUGUCACACGCGAAGGAACACCGACCGAGUAACAGGUUAUAAAAAGUGCUUUUUAAAAACGGUGACGUAACACGGGAGAUAUGUCUAUAUUUAGGCUAUUACCAAAAUUGGACUGUACACAAUCAAAAAAUGGAAAAGAAGAAAUGAAAUCCUUCUACAUUUUACCACUUCUAGCAUUCUUGCUCAGUUGCCAUGUGCACUUCUGUGGAUCACGCUCAGGUUUGGCAUAUGCUUCGAAUCCAGUUUCCCCACCAGUGAAGAGCAAUUCCCUUCAGGCCGUAUGUAGAAUGCGCCCUAACACUCAGUUAUCACCUGGAUUGCCCUGUGUGUACGGUCAUGUUUUUUUCAAACAGUCUGGUCCAAAGGAAAAGCUGAGCGUGACUUUCAAACUGUAUGGUCUCCCUGUCUACAGCCAGCAGCCCAGAGCAAUGCACAUUCAUGAGUACGGAGACUUAAGCAAAGGCUGCGGAUCUACAGGUGGGCAUUACAAUCCCCUCAGUGUGAACCAUCCACAACAUCCAGGGGACUUUGGGAACUUUGUUCCUGUUAAUGGGAAGAUUCGUCAAUCACUGAACUCCAGUGCAACACUCUUUGGAAGACUCUCAAUAAUUGGCCGGUCUGUUGUGAUUCAUGCGGGAGAGGAUGAUUUAGGCAGAGGUGGGAAUGUGGAAAGCUUGCUGAAUGGCAAUGCUGGAAGACGAUUGGCAUGCUGUGUU